CUCCCACACCUCCCCCCCCCGUGCCCCAAGCCCUCCUGGGGUUCCCUGCUGCCCAUGUCCUGGCAGCUGGGCAGGGAGAGGGACUGCAUGAUCUCACCAGGCUUUUCAUGUCUGGCACUUGCCUCGCCUGCUGCAGGCCAUUGCGGGUGCUGUGUGCCAUGGUGGCUAUGCUGCUCUGGGCCAUUCUGGGCAUUACCGCAAGCCAUCACAAUCAUGGUUGCUAUGAGCCAUCCCAGCUAUCAAGAUCAGUUGGAGUAUUUUUGCUUACGGUUCCUAGCUCUGAACAUUGGGGUGAAGGCCCUUGGCUGAAAUUCACCCCUCACUAUUAUUGGUCCUAGGGAAUUAGAGUCUGUUACCUUGAGGGAGCAUGAAAGUUAGAAACCUUUUCUCUUGAGGUGUCAGUUGAUUCUCCCAGCCCCUUUCUAGGAACACAGGAUCAGAUCAUGCACUGAGCCAUGCUGCCCACUUUUUGGCACUUGAGUGGCUAUGGCCUCCAUCUACACUGCAAAGUGGUCACAUUAGCAGCUUGAGUUUCAUCAGCACUUCACCCUUAGUAACUCCUGACUGGCCAGCCUACUUGAGUUAACAGCACCACCACCGUCAAGGGCCAUGCUCGUGAAGGGGAAGGAAAGAGGGAAUGCUAGCAUUGGUGAGAACUGAGCCCCACGUGGGGAGGAGAAUAAAAGAAGGAAGCUGCCUGCUCUGUGGGUGUUUCCAUUGAGUCACAAAUUAUUUCCUUCUGCCUGCUCUGUGGUGUCAUUGCUGGGAACUCUGUUGAGUAGGACUGUACCAUGUAAAAGAAGACGUUUGUUUGCCAAAGGUAAAUGAGUGGGCUGGGAAUGCAAAUUCCACUCUGUUUAGGAGAGUGCGUGUAAUAAGGAAAUGUGCAAUAAUUUUUACCCACUGAAAGAAACAAGUUCGUACAGUGCCUGCUAUGAAAAUGAAGAACGGAGUAGAACAGUGCUUCCCACUCACUGGCUUGGGACAAAGUUACCUGAUAACAAAAUUCACUCUCCAGCCCUGAAAAUGAAGAUUGGUUCAGUUUGUUCCAGUACAUCCUCUUUUGGGACCUCAGUUUCUGGCAGUUCCUCAUCUUUAGUACCUGAGAAAAGGUCUCAGCACAGCUUCUCCUACAGAAACUGACAAGUGCUAAUGAUGGCUGACAGCCUGAAGGCUGCAGUGCUUGCCUUAUGGACCCUUUUCUUUUCAUGUGCAACAUAUCACAUUAUGGCAACAGGGAGCAUACAGAUGUUUGACUGCUUCACUGACUAUGCCAGGGAGCUGACUUGUCACUGGAGAGUGGCUCCACAAACAAACUGCUCCAAGGAAUUCCGACUCUAUUACAGGAAGGAAUAUUUCUCAACAUUAUAUAAUGCAUGCAUCCCUGAGAAUAGAAAAGGCAGCAGCAUGAAUUCCAUUUCCAACUGCAUUUGCAUAAUUCUGCCCGAAUAUUUCUCGUCAGGCCUCACAUAUCAUUUAGCACUACAGGCCAAUGGGACAGUGCUGUGGAAUGGCACUGUAAUACCAGCACAUAUUGUUAAACCAAGGCCCCCAAAAAAUCUUACCAUUGAGAAGAGUGAAAAUGAUAACUUCUACGUCUUGAAGUGGAUCGAGAGCUACAGCACAGAGGACGUGCUCUAUGGAGAGGAUGUAAACUAUGAAGUCAAAUACUGGAACAAGCAGAAUCCGGAAGAGAAGUUUGUAAAACAGCUUCCCUACCAAACGACAUACUUUGAAAUUCUUGCAACGCAGUUGAAGCGAGGGUCUGACUACCUUGUAAGCGUACGGCGUAAUUAUACAGGCAGCUAUUCCACCAAAUGGAGUGAUUGGAGCAAUGCAGUUGAAUUUCACAGUGAUUAUGGAGUAACUUUAGAAGAUAGUCUGCAGAAGAUUGUUCUCAUAUCCUGCAUGUUGAUCCCAGCUCUGAUUUUAAUCUGUUACUUCAGCUUUGCCAUAGUUAAGAGAGAAUGGUGGGAUCAAAUCCCAAAUCCAGCCAAGAGCCAUCUGGUUGUAAAGAAUGUCAAGGCAGCUCAGAUUUCAGUCUGGAGGAAAAUGCUGUCCACUGAUGAAAUUAAGGCACCUUUCCAUGAUGUGAAACAGACUCACAUGGAACACCAACUAAGCUGUAAGAACUGUCUUGCAAAAUAUGCUCAAGGCCAAACCUUGAAGGGGAAAGAUAACGUCAAAAGUGGUGAGAAACCCGACAGUUGCCUGAAUAAAUGUGGAGAGUGGUUCCCAGAACAGUAUGAGGCUGUUCUAAUUCCAGAGAUCACUUUGGUUGAAGAUUCUCUUGAAGUCUGUGAGUAUUCAACAAACACUGAAACUGAGAGCCAUGAGGACAACCUGGGUCAGAUCGUCUUGUGCUCAACUGGUGAGAGCAGUGCUAAUAGCUUUAUCGAACACACUCAACACAAUGAUGCACUUGCAGACAUGUUUAUUAAGCUACUAGAAUGUGGAACCAGUAUUCGUGACACUGAAGUUCCAGACUUCAUCAUAGAAGAGCAUAAAAUCUUUGAGAACAGUGAAUCAGAAAAUUCAUCACAGCAAACACCAAAAGAAAAUGUAGUCCAGGAUCAACAGUCAUGUGAUACUUCACACGCUUGCUCCUAUCCCACUACAGCCUCUCAGGAUGACUACAACUGUAGGGCAGCUAGCACAAAGUCAGUGCGAUCUGAAGAAUCGUUUGAAUCUGGUUAUCAAAGUUCUAACACAGACACUGCUUCUCCCGAGGCAAAGAAUCCUCCAGACGUGUUGCAUCAAAGCCACUUUCUUUGCAGUUCUGAAACUCAGCAUGACUUGUUGGUCUUGAUUACAAAAUCACCAAAUGCUCCUUCCUCUGAGAUAAUCAAAGAUGGAAUAAAUAGUCCAGCAUAUCAGAGCUUCGACAGCCUAAUGUCUCAGUCCACUGAGUCUUGUACCACAGCAUAUAAGAGCUUCGACAGCCUCAUGUCUCAGUCCAUGGAGACUUGUACCACAGCAUAUAAGAGCUUUGACAGCCUAAUGUCUCAGUCCACUGAGUCUUGUAGCACAGCAUAUAAGAGCUUCAGCAGCCUCCUGUCUCAGUCCACGGUUAGCAAUAGCCUGACACAGUGUUUGGAAAACCCAAGCUCUUCACUGUUCCUAGAGUUUCCAGAGAAUCAAAUACUUCCCUGCAGAGAAGAAGCAGCCCAUCGACCCCAUGGUGAUCAAAGUUGUUACACUGACCACAAGGGUGACUGCACUGAGACUGCUUUUCAAACCACCUGUUCAGAAGACAUAGACUUUCCAUGGUUUUCCUCCCAUGCUCAUGACAAACUUUCAUUUUUCCUGCCAGAGAAAGAAAUACACAAGCAAAUAACAUGUCAAAAUCUUCCAGAAAAAGCAGCUGCAAUUUCCAGCCCCUCUGUUUCUAAUCCAUCUAGUUACCAACCUUUUGAUAUUGCUCUUAAACACAAUAAUACACACUGUGCCAAUAACAGUGAGGCUAUUUCUGAGUCGCCUUAUAAACCCUUUAUCAACCUUUUAAACAACAACCUCAGAGAAACACUUCCAGCUAUCAUCUGUGAAUCUGACCUGCAGAUAGACUUGUCUGACGUUCUAUAGCAUUGACUCAGAUGUUAUCACAGGCUUUGCCUUUGGUCUGAGUUCAGGAGAGGAUCUCACACAAAACAGCAGUGACAGCCCUUGGAUUAUCGGCUUUAAUGAACCUUGUAGUGAUGGUGAAGAUGAAGAUACUGUGGGCAAGAAAAAGUUGCUGUGGUCUUUAGAUUCUAGCUCUCAGGGGAAGACUGGGAGGACCAUACAGGAGACAAAAAAUUGUACUUCUGACUACUACUGACUGUACAGAUGAAAGGAUACAAGAGAGUAGAAAUAACAUGCCGUGUCCUUUUCUAAUAUGUUAUACACAUGACCAUUUGAGGACGUCUGUAAAUGCGGAAGAAAGGGAAGCGCAGUUACAGAAUAUUGUGAGCACGGGAAAUGGCCGUGCAGUUAAUUUAUCAGAUGAGUCACUGAACCACAACACUAUUGUAUCUAAACCAUCCUUAGAAAGAAAUCAAACUUCAGAGCCCCCGAACUCAGCCAAGUUGCCACUGGGUGGCCCCUUUGUGGAUAGCUCCUGUUUAGGAACCUGUCCUUUUGAUUAUUGCUCCAUUCCAGGUGAGGGAUCAAAAAUGUCACUUUUCAUAAAAACAGGCCAAAUGGACCUAAUGAGUGAGAGCACCAGGAUGAACCAGAAAACAGUGAAACUUACCUUCAUGGACAGGGGCUUGUGUAACUGCUAUAUGAACAUGACCUAGAUUAAUUUCAUGGGGUUGCCUACUUAGUUACUAAGGUUGGUUGAUCCCAAACCUCUAGCCCUUAAAUGGGCAAGCCACCCUUUUACAGGAGGCUCCUGAGUUUGCGCUGCUCACGGCUGCAUGCAAAGGCAGCGCUGUCUAGCCCUCAGUAACUGUAUUCAUGAGGAUCAGUUUCUGAUCUGUUAUCUUAGUGUGACUGCAAUAACUCUGUGGUAGUCAGUGGUGUUACUCCACACUAGUAUCAGUGUAACUGAGAUCAGAUGUUUUUAAACUGUGUAUGCCCAAAAAGCCUGAAUAGUGUAGGAUCAAACUCCCUAAACGGUGUGUGCAUUCCACCCGGUUUCUGUAUGUGUCCAGGGUAUAGAUUGGAAAUGACUCCCACAGCUGAAUUCAGCUGGGAUCACAUGUGCCCCAGCCCCUUGUGAUAAUACGUCCAAAGGUUUUCCCUCAGACUCUGAACUACCUGAGUGCAGAAGUAUAUACUGUGGCAUUGUAAAUGCCACAGUAAGGUGGUGAGUCCAGAUAGUUAAAUGGCUACUGCAAAUUCUUUACAUUUCAAGCCAGCUCAUAUUAUUCAGAAAUCCCUGUUCCCAUUUCUAGCCGUAAACAGGCCUAGGCCAGUUCAGAGAAUGCAUCUGUGGCCACUGUUCAGCUACUGCGUUGGCAUCUUCUAUAAGGGAGGUUUUUCACUGCAGCAGCUCUACCUACAGAACUCAGAUGGGCAGGCAGAUAAGGGGUUUGUGCCCCAUGUAGACUUUUGCGGCCAUACAAAGGAAGUGCACAACCGCAGAAGGGCGCUACUGCAAGCUGCACAUGUUCACGGCAGGUGUUUGCAUUUGUUUGGACACUGGUACUUACACCACUAUAAUGAGGAUGUUGAUAAAUGAAAACAUAUUGUUGUUGAUUGUUAACUUGGUGAUUGACACAUUAAAGACUUUUACCAGAA